AUGGCCAUGGAGCAGGGAAGAGUGACGGAAUUCAAAGGAAAGAGCCUCGACCAGAUACAAAUUGAGCCUGAAGGGAGAGCAAUGCACCCCAUGGUAGUGGCAGUGCCCCUUCUGAACGUUAGAGAAAGCCAUGGUCUGCAUCUGAGAGCGAGAGAGACACGAGAGAGGGACCCCGCUGACAUCACCUCAGAGCGAGAGAGACACGAGAGAGACCCUGCUGACAUCACCUCAGAGCGAGAGAGACACGAGAGAGACCCUGCUGACAUCACCUCAGAGCGAGAGAGACACGAGAGAGACCCUGCUGACAUCACCUCAGAGCGAGAGAGACACGAGAGAGACCCCGCUGACAUCACCUCAGAGCGAGAGAGACACGAGAGAGACCCUGCUGACAUCACCUCAGAGCGAGAGAGACACGAGAGAGACCCCGCUGACAUCACCUCAGAGCGAGAGAGACACGAGAGAGACCCCGCUGACAUCACCUCAGAGCGAGAGAGACACGAGAGAGACCCUGCUGACAUCACCUCAGAGCGAGAGAGACACGAGAGAGACCCUGCUGACAUCACCUCAGAGCGAGAGAGACACAAGAGAGACCCCGCUGACAUCACCUCAGAGCGAGAGAGACACGAGAGAGACCCCGCUGACAUCACCUCAGAGCGAGAGAGACACGAGAGAGACCCCACUGACAUCACCUCAGAGCGAGAGAGACACGAGAGAGACCCUGCUGACAUCACCUCAGAGCGAGAGAGACACGAGAGAGACCCCGCUGACAUCACCUCAGAGCGAGAGAGACACGAGAGAGACCCUGCUGACAUCACCUCAGAGCGAGAGAGACGCGAGAGAGACCCCGCUGACAUCACCUCAGAGUGA